AUGCCGAAUAUUCAUCUUUCAUUUUCGAGUUCAUACAAUUCGGAUCAAGGAUCUUACAAGCUACUGGAGCUUCCGUCUGAACUCUGCAAGUUAGUUGAAGAAUCUUUGAAAGGAACUAAGCCUUUGAAAUUCGACAUCAAGGGUGAAUCUACAGACGAUGCCGUCCUAUGCACCAACGACCGAACUUAUGCCUUGCGAUCAGUAGCCUUAUCAAACUCGAUCGUCGUCGCAACCUCCCCCCCUUACUCGUCUGCGAUUGACUUUCCCGAAGAUACGCUCGUCAUUCGCGAUCAAGUCAACGAGAUUUUGGAAUUAACCCCAGUCGUCCCAAAGCUCCAUAAGCUGUCAACGCUACUUCGAGGAACAGAAUACAGCGAGGACAAUGAAGACGAGGAUAUGGAAUCCAAUGGUGAACAGAAACUCACUUAUUCCGAUGCCAAGAGUCUGAUCCAGGCGAGCAAUGUGGAACUUGAGAAAGGCUUGAGAGAAAAACGUAUACUUCAAGUAAACGGUGGACUUCGUCCCAUCGCCUCAUCGUAUCUUAGCCGCAUAAUCGAACUCGUAUUAAACACCCUCGUUUCGCAAUCCAUCGAUCACAAGGUCGCGUCUGUCGAAAGGCUAUCUGCCAUUCUUCUAGAUGAUCAUGAGAUACCUCGUCCAAUAUCUACGCAAGUGAUGUCCUGGUUCGGGACCAUCGAAGAUGGAACGUGGUGUAUGGAUGUUGCAAGCGUUAUCAAGGAGUGCGGACUUACUUUAUUGAGACGCCACAAGACCGACCCUCAAAGUGUCGAGCAGUUCACAACCGCAUGGAAAACAAUGGUCGGCGACACCUUCGCUUCAGAAGUCUCAAUGCAAUUGCUUGCCGGAAAUUAUUUACUAGGUUCAGGAUACGACGGCACUGACACGCUGACAUACUUUCCUGCCUCUUCUUUACCGACAGAACCCGCACCAAGGUUCGCCUAUCUCUUCCUCACUCGAAGUAGAUGGAAAAGCGAGGAUAUAACUCCUUUCCUUUCGGAUAUUGCUGUGAACUCCAAGGAGCGAGACAAGCUUCUUCUGAAAUACGCACGGCCUACAACCACUUCGGAUGGUAUAUGGUACACUUCUAGGACGCAAUACAAUGGGUGA